CACAUCUUGUGGGUGUCGAGGGGUGGCAUUUGACUCUGCCGUUAGCUCUUUUGGGGCAGAUGGCAGUCUCCGUCAUCUCCCUGCCUAUUAAAGGAGAAGGAAUUCUAUGCUUCUCACCUGGGGAAAUUUGUUCAGUGUACAUAUUCCUGGGCUCACCCCAGCUCAGAAGGUCUGCGGAAGGUCUGGAAAUUGGAGUGCCAAAUCAGCCAUAAAACGAGCUCGUCACCUGCGAGGACUCGAAUGUGACGCUUUCUUAGAGCAAUAAAGAAAGGAAUCAUAGGUUCAGAACAUGUGGCUUGGACCUCCCUGGGUUGGUCUCCUUAGUAGCUGUGCUCCUGUAUUUGCUGUGAGCUCAAAAUUUAAUGGCAGAAAUGCCAAAUUAGUAUACUGAGUAUUAGGAGGUGGUUUUUUUUUGUUGUUGUUUUGUUUUAUUUUUUUCAGUUGACUGAAAACUGUAAGUUAAUGAAGUUUGAAUGUUAAUCUACCUCCUGUUGACGUCCCAAGUGACUCUGGGUGAGCCGCUUAACCUUGUAGUCAUCAUCUGUGCCCCCUUCGCAACAUCUCCCGCGAUGCUUGUCGCAAAGACGAACACUUGGAUCCAUCCUGAGAUGGAUCCAUUCUGAGACAGACCAUGGAUACCCUCGUGUGGUUUUAAUCAGGAAUGAAAUCUGAAAGCUAAGAGCAGAAGUGUUUUUGGUCAAUAUGGAGGACAAAAGACGGCGAGCCCGAGUGCAGGGAGCCUGGGCUGGUCCCCCUAAGAGCCAGGCCCCUGCUCAGCCAGCCACCACUGCUAAGAGCCAUCUCCACCAGAGACCUGGUCAGACAUGGAUGAACAAGGAGCAUCAUCUUGCAGACAGACAGUUUGUGUUCAAAGAACCCCAGCAAGUAGUACGCAGAGCUCCAGAGCCACGAGUAAUUGACAAAGAGGGUGUGUAUGAAAUCAGCAUGUCACCCACAGGCAUAUCUAGGGUGUGUUUGUAUCCUGGCUUUAUUAACUUAAAAGAAGCUGACUGGGUAUUGGAACAGCUUUGUGAGGUCGUUCCCUGGAAACAGAGGACUGGCAUCAGAGAUGAUGUAACUUACAAGCAACCAAGACUUACAGCAUGGUAUGGAGAACUUCCUUACUCUUAUUCAAGAAUCACUAUGGAACCAAAUCCUCACUGGCAUCCUGUGCUGCGCACACUGAAGGACCAAAUCGAAGAAAACACUGGCCACACCUUCAACUCCUUGCUCUGCAAUUUGUACCGAAACGAGAAGGACAGUGUUGACUGGCACAGCGACGAUGAACCUUCACUAGGGAGAUGUCCCGUCAUCGCUUCACUGAGCUUUGGUGCCACACGCACUUUUGAGAUGAGAAGGAAACCCCCGCCAGAAGAGAACGGAGACUACACGUAUGUGGAAAGAGUGAAGAUACCCUUGGAUCAUGGGACCUUGUUAAUCAUGGAAGGAGCGACACAAGCUGACUGGCAGCAUCGAGUGCCCAAAGAGUACCACUCUAGAGAACCGAGAAUAAACCUGACCUUUCGGACAGUUUAUCCAGACCCUGGAGGGGCGCACUGGUGAUGUGAGAGCUUUGAGAGAGAAGCUGUGCUGAGACUGAGCAAAUCUUCCGCCGUGAAGAAACUUCCAGAGGCUGGUCCAACUGAUCUCGCAGGGAGGCUGUUCAGAAGACAAGGGUGGGAUUUGCUUCCCGGCUUCGGAGUCCUAUUAAAUGAGAGCCAGCGGGUCACAUUCAUACUGUGUUUACUGUGGGAACAGUACCCCUAAUCACAUCUUAAAAUCACAGAGCUUCUUUAGGCAAAUUAAAAACUGCUGUGGCUGUA